UUCGCGUUUCCGCGCCGCUCUGACCGCUCCGGGCUUCCGUACUCACAGUGACAGGAAGCGCCAUGGUGGCCAAGGUGGUAAAGUUGGCUGCGGUGCCGGCUGCUCUGGGAUUGGCCUCGCUCCGAGUUUAUGCCACGACUGAGAAGAAGACAGAUGGACAGAUUUCACCGCGAGACUUGUGCAUUUACAGCGCAGAGGCUCCAGCGCUCCGGUAUGUGGAGGAGAAACCGGGUCGUCUGCAGACUAACAUCGGGCUGAUGAGAGCCGGGCUUCAAUCGUACACCCGAGCCGUGCAGAAUACUUUCACCUCAGUCAACCAGGCCGGACAAGACACGUAUAAUUUCCUGAGGGACCCGCCCCCUGGCUUCCUGCCCAGAGUCGGAGUAAUCACCUUAUCUGGAUUGGCUGGCCUCGUCCUGGCACGCAAGGGCUCCCGGCUAAAGAGAAUCGCCGUUCCUCUGGCGUUGACAGCCGUCGGUGCUGCCGUGUGCUACCCGACUCGCAGUGUCCGAGUUUUAAAGGUGACGGGUAAAAAAGUGUACGGUGCAGGUUCUUUGGUUGCGUCCGCGCUCAGAUCCAAACCCAAAGAGAAAGGUGUUGUUCUUGAUGCGAGUCCAGAGGAUGCAUCAAACAAGGUUGUCCCUCAGCCUGAUGAACUACCAGAAAAGGUUCCUUCCUUGCCAGGAGGCGAGUCAGGGAGUUCCUCGACUAUAGGUGCUGUUGCCCCUUUCAAAGGAGUCGCCUUAGCAACAAAGGUUACAACCCUACCUCACAUUGCUACAGAAGAGUCUGGUCCUGUAUCUGAGGAUUCACCAGCUGUCAACGUUGCCUCAGCAGGAGAACCUGGGGCAACUCCAGGUGUUGGAGAAUUCCCUUCACCAGAAAUGACUCGACCUGAGGCUGUGAUGGAGGUUUCUCUCUCAAAAAGUCCUCCAGCUGACAUGCCUUCUGAAGUUGUGGAAAAUGUACCCGAGUCUGCUGCCCCGCUGACCAAAGCUUCUCACUUGGUUAAAGACGAGACCACAACUCGUCCGCUUGCUGUAAAGGAAACCAAACCUCAUACCCGUGUUGUAGAGGAGGCUUUACCACCACCAGCUAAUGACGUCACAUGUCCUCCAGUAAACGAGAAGACACGGUUUGUUCCGGACCCGGCCCUGCAGGAUCACGGACAGGCUCAUCCCGACGACGCGGAUCUGUACAGCACUCGGGGAUAAUCGACGAGCGCGUGGAUGAUUAGGAGAACAUGAGGGGUAGCGGAGGUGGACUGUAAGGAGGAACAAAAAUGGAUUUCACGGUUUCAGAUCUGUUCUUCAUACGGCAAAAACGUACAACUCGAAUCCGCUGCUGUCCGUCUGCAAGGUCACGGAAUCGGGAAAACACGUGCAAAUUGUUAAGAUACCUCAUUUAAAAUCAAAUGUGAACGUACCUGAAGAUCGGGCCGCAGUUUCCAUGUGAAUGUGUCAGUGCAAUUUUUAACACGUUGUGAUCUGAUCUCGGUGUUAAAUCAAAUCUAUUUCUAUUCUGUACUAAAAACAGUAGAACAUGGAGUGUAUGUGUGAUCUGUGGCCAGUUUAAACAUUUAAAUAUAUGUUUUCAAAUGGAA